AUGAAGGCCUUCCUUUCUCAUUGUUUGACGAAAUCCUUUCCUUUCAGGGCUCUAUUGGCUGGUGGUGGCUUUUCUACGUGGACUUACCGGCAAGGCUACGAUGUCAGCAUUCCCGUCUACAGUCCCCUGUCAGCUGAGGUGGAGCUUCCAGAGAAAGGACCGGGGCCCCGGCGGUACUUCCUCCUGUCCUCUCAGACGGCUGUCCACCCCGAGUACAGAGAAGACCUGGAGGCCCUCCAAGCCAGACACGGGGAGGCGGUGUUAGUCCUGGAUAAGUGCACCAACCUCUCAGAGGGCGUCCUCUCCGUCCGUAGGCGCUGCCACAAGCACCAGGUCUUCGAUUACCCCCAGGUGCUGCAGGAGGCCACUUUCUGUGUGGUCCUUCGAGGUGCUCGGCUGGGCCAGGCGGUACUGAGUGACGUUUUACGCGCCGGCUGUGUCCCAGUUGUCAUUGCAGACUCUUACGUUUUGCCUUUCUCUGAAGUUCUUGACUGGAAGAGAGCAUCUGUGGUUGUGCCAGAAGAAAAGAUGUCAGAAGCGUACAGUAUUUUGCAGAGCAUCCCCCAAAGACAGAUUGAAGAAAUGCAGCGGCAGGCACGGUGGUUCUGGGAAGCGUACUUCCAGUCAAUUAAAGCCAUUGCCCUGGCCACUCUGCAGAUCAUCAAUGACCGCAUAUAUCCAUAUGCUGCCCUCUCCUAUGAAGAAUGGAAUGACCCCCCCACUGUGAAGCGGGGCAGUGUGAGCAACCCACUCUUCCUCCCACUGAUUCCACCACAGUCCCAAGGUUUUACCGCCAUCGUCCUCACCUACGACCGAGUGGAGAGCCUCUUCCGGGUCAUCACUGAAGUGUCCAAGGUGCCCAGUCUGUCCAAGCUGCUCGUUGUCUGGAAUAAUCAGAAUAAAAAUCCCCCGGAAGACUCUCUCUGGCCCAAAAUCCGGGUUCCAUUAAAAGUUGUGAGGACUGCUGAAAACAAAUUGAGUAACCGAUUCUUCCCUUACGACGAAAUCGAGACAGAGGCUGUCCUGGCUAUCGACGAUGAUAUCAUCAUGCUGACCUCUGAUGAGCUGCAGUUUGGUUAUGAGGUGUGGCGGGAAUUUCCUGACCGGUUGGUGGGUUACCCAGGUCGUCUGCAUCUCUGGGACCAUGAGAUGAAUAAGUGGAAGUAUGAGUCGGAGUGGACCAAUGAGGUAUCCAUGGUGCUCACGGGGGCAGCGUUUUAUCACAAGUAUUUUAAUUACCUGUAUACCUACAAAAUGCCUGGGGAUAUCAAGAACUGGGUGGAUGCUCAUAUGAACUGUGAAGACAUUGCCAUGAACUUCCUGGUAGCUAACGUCACGGGAAAAGCUGUCAUCAAGGUAACACCGCGAAAGAAAUUCAAGUGUCCUGAGUGCACAGCCAUUGACGGGCUUUCGCUAGACCAGACGCACAUGGUGGAGAGGUCCGAGUGCAUCAACAAGUUUGCUUCAGUCUUCGGGACGAUGCCGCUCAAGGUGGUGGAGCACCGAGCUGACCCUGUCCUGUACAAAGAUGACUUUCCCGAGAAACUGAAGAGCUUCCCCAACAUCGGCAGCUUGUGAAACCCGUCAGUGACGGAGGUCUGAAUGUGACGCGUGGACAAAGUAGGGGAGCACAGCCUCCCGGCACCCUGAUAUCAGGGUGUGGGGGAUCUUCAGUUGACACACUGGACUGUGACACGUAACCUGCUUCCUCGAGAACUGGAACCUGAAGAGAGCGUCUAAGCACCUUGAGCGGUGCGUGCGCUAUUCUAGUGUUUCUUAUGAGCCCCGAUGGGUUCUUGCUGGAAAUGCCGAAUGGGAGCCUUUGUGGCAUGCUCUGGGUUUAGAUGCAGCCCAGGCUCCCUUUGUUUGCAGGGAACAGUCUGAAAGGAAACUUCACUGACCCUCAGACUGUAGAGCAGACAGACCUGUCAACCAUGUUCGAUCUGGGGAAUCAUGUAAAUCGUGCCCGUAUCUCACCUUUAGCUCUUUCAGAUCAGUGAGUUUUUAGGAGGAAAAGCCAAACCAAGAAUUUGGCACAAAAUCCCAGCAGCUUAGAGGGAUUUGACGCAUGCCCUAGGACCUGAGGCACUGGACCCAGGCGUAGGUGGAGCACCCGGUGCUGAAUUGGGAUCCUGUAAAUUCCAUGAACCAUUCCUCUUUGGUUUGGCUUUUUAAUAUGAUUAAAAUAAUUUUUUAUUCCUUUUUAUAGUAUGUCUUAAAUGCUGAUUAUUGGUAACCCAAGGAACUUUCUUUUUUGUGUGUGUGUAUUUUACCUCCAUCUUCUGGCCUUAACUCCAGUCUAUUUCCAAACCUCCUACCACGUCCAGGAGGACACACAGCCAAGAGGAAUAUCUGGUGCCGUGUGCCUCAAGCAGAAGAUCUCCAAGCUGUAAACAUUCUAAGAGAAGAUGUCUCCCCAAACCUCCAAAGGACUCUGUUUGCCUCUUGAUCAGAUCCAGUCAGUUUUUCAUAGGUAUUCUUAGGGAAAAACAGAGGGCCUGUAAUAACCAUACACUGAGUUGCUUGCUGUAGCUGGUACCGUGUUGUAAAAGUCGAGGCAGUUGUGAUCCCCACCCCAGGGGGAUUCCAAAAUUUCCCUCCUUCUUUCGGUGUAAACUUAACGUUAGCCAGGGAGGUUCUGGCUAAUGUUAAAUACUGCUAUAACAACUGCUUUGCCAUAGUUGCCGGUAUAUUUAAAUCGUUAAAUUUCAGCAUUUAGUAAUACUGCACAUGUGUGAAUUAUACCUCUUUAAGCCCUGUUGAUGAACAAAUCUACUCUGGCAAAUGUUAGAUGUUAUGGAUUCGAAACAGAUUUAUCUGGCUCUAAUAUUAAGAUUAGCCACAGUUUGGGCUUUAGCCAUAACAUAUGUCCCCAGAACACAAAAUACAGAACAAUUUGCUUGGAAUAUGGUUAUAAUUACUGAAACCGAGUUGUGUGCCAGUUGAAGUCACUAAUAUGCCACCCAUUGUUCUCUUGAGUGACACGAAGGUGAAGAGUUACUGUGCUAUCGAUUUUAAACGUGUAGUUUUAACAACAAUCACUUCCAAUGUGUUCCUAUAGACUUCGAGAGGUCAGAGAAAACUUCAGGAAGUAACAAAAUUGAAAGCGGGAAUCAUGAGUUUUACUCUCUCACACUGAGGAGCAAGAGCCCGGGACUGGUGCUGGUGGAAUGGACAAGAAGGGACAAGAUGCCUCCCCGCUCCCCGCCGUCUGUUCACGUUGCAGGUGCACACACGGAACCUGUGAUUAUUCCUCGUGUUGCAUUCAAACACCGGUGCCUAAUAAAUACUUCUGAUUUGAAUAA